AUGAAUUAUUUUAGAAUUUCACUUGCAGGUGCUUCUAGGAGAGGCUUCUCAAGCACUGCACGCAAUCUCAAUAUCCCAGAGUCUCCGUUUAGCAGAUUCGUCAAUGUCCUCAGAGAAGAGCUACGUAAGAACGCUGAAUUCCAGGAGAAUUAUAAGCAGCUUUCUGGUGAGGCUGGCAAGGUGCAGGACUCGGAAGCUAUGCAGAAGGCUAGAGACGCGUACCAGCGAGCAACUAUCACGAAUUUGAUGAAGAACAACCCAAGGCUCAAGGCUGCAACCGAUAACCUUAGAAUGAACGGUGGAAAGGUUUCUGAGGGCGUUGGUGAGGCUCUCAAAGGUAUCGAAAAUACCGAGGCUUUCAGGGCCCUCCUCAGAGCCACAAAUGCUGCUUCAACUGCUGUCACUUCCGCCACUGCUCCAAUUAGAGACACUGAAGCUUACAAAUCCUUCGCUGAAACUAUCUCAGAUGCUCUCGAUGAUACCAGUAGAGGUGGUUACGAAGACCGUGAAGCUAGAAGAAUACGCAGACAGAGACGUCUAGCUAAGGCAGGCAAAGACGGUAUCGCCAAGAAGAGAGUAAAAAAGAAUGAGGAAGCGGGUGAGUCUGUUGUCCUCCACGAGAACGCAAAUGCCCCUUCAAAGUGGCAGGAGUACAAAGACAACUCCUCAUUUUUCCAGCGUGUAGCAGAUAUGCGUGAACAAUACCACGAAUCAGAAUCACCAACUGUCUUAGCAAUGAGAUCUGUCACUGACAGGAUUGGUGGUUUGUUCGAGGAGAACGAAACCGCACGCGUGACAAGAGCUUUCAAGGCUCUCGACCCUGGCUUCACUCAAGACAGUUUCCUCGUCGAGCUGCGUGAAUACAUCGUCCCAGAAGUUGUUGAUGCCUACCUCAACGCCGACAAGGAUGCUCUUAGAAGAUGGUGCGGAGAGGCGACUUACAAUGUCCUCUGGGCUAGCAUGGAAGUAUACCUCAGCAAAGGUCUUAUAUCUGACAGUAAAGUUGUCGAUAUUCGUGCAGUUGAAAUUACCAAAGGUCAGAUGUUGGAAAAUGAUGUACCCGUCUGGUUGGUUAUCUUCCACACUCAAGAAAUUCUCAUGUUUAGAGACGCAAAAUCGGGCGAAGUCGCCGUUGGUACUGAAGACGGUGUUGAACAAGUUGCAUAUGUCGGUGUAUUCACCCGUGUUGAAGAUGAAUUGGAGGAUGAGUUGACCGGUGGUUGGAAAGUCAUCGAAAUGGCAAGAAGAGGACAGAAAGCUUACAUUUAG